AAACUCAAGUUUGCACUCAUUUUCAUCCAAGAAUUACAUUACACGAAAUGAUACAAACCGGUCAAUAUCCACGUGCUGCCCAAAUAGCAAAUCUAUAAGCCACAAUCUAAAAGUUAGUGUGUUAUUAUGAUGUAAAGUUAAGUGUUAUUGUGGAAUUGCAUUACUGCAAAGUUUUUGUAAAAAAGUUGUAUUAUUUAACAAUCUGGGUUAUGAACAAUUUACAGAUUUACUAGUUGCAUUUUGUACACCACUCAAAGAGAUGAAUAUACAGGUGUAUCGUAAUGAAUAGGAACAAAUUAAUGUUUAGAUCGUCAAUAUUCAAAACAACAAUGUCGAGGAAAACGAGGUACUGAACUACAAACACGUCUGCAUGGAAGCCAUUUAACUGAACUAAUUCCAGUGCAGUUUCAUUCCCUAAGUAACGCAACUGCAUUAUCAGAAUUGAAAAAAAGUAUUGAGUGUUAAAGGAAGAUAUUUAAAAACAUCCGAUUCUACAGCAUUUACUUGGUUUGAGUCAUCCAACAAAAAAGCCUUUUUACACAAAAACAAUCGAUUGACAACGUUGAAUCCAUACAACCUUCCAACCACGUGUUUAAAAACUAGAAUAAACAGGAACCAUGCUAUACCCAGCAACAUACAUUGCAACGUGCCGGCCACUGCAGCUGCACCAUUGCAUUCAAUCUACAGUAAACUUGCAACAAAACCGGCUUCACGAAUAAAAUCGGACUGUCUUGAGGUUGUUCAACAACUAGAUAUUACUCGGGAGUCUCUAUGUGAUCAUAAUAGACCGAACAGUACGCGUUUGCAUUUUAAGACAAGUAGUAUACAAACUAUAUUGAAAUAUUAUCAGAGUAACGGUAUUCUGUGGCACAUCAACUACAUACAGCGUUGCUUGUCAGUAGACCAAAAGAAACACAAUAUAUCUCUAGUAUCAGAUAUUGAACCAUUUUCAAUAUCAAAAACAUCAAAGUAGUAAUAUUUACCAGCAAGGUAAAACUAAAAAAAAUAUACUUCGAGUAUUAUGAACACAUUUUCGAUUGAAGUAAUAAACGAAGCAAAACGAGACAAGAUCAACGCAUUGUUAGAUGAUUUUCGUCAAAUAAAACUGGAACCGAGUAAUGAAUCUGAGCCGUCACGAUGUGCGCCAAAAAUCAUUCUUACGGACUUUUCCAGCAAUAAUAUAGAUCAUAUAAAAAAUAGUGAACAAUAUGUAAAGAACAAAUUAUUUGAAGACAAAUCGGAGACAAAUAAUAAUGACCAAGGAACAGACUUUUCCUCAAUUCAUUAUUGUGCUAAUGAAUGUGUUCGAAAGGAUAGCCGUAAAAGAAAUGUGAACAACAAUAACAGUGAGGGACAUAAUUUUCUUUCGAUUCCUGAGUUAUAUUACAGCGAAAAAAGUGUAUCUAAAUCGAACAUUUGUGAUUGCUACCGCAGUGAAGCUAGACCACCGUGACGUUGAAAAUUUUAACUUUGAAUACUUUGCGUAAGUAAGUGUAUCCAUAUGUGAUAAUAAAUGUGCGUAAAAUACUUCAUUCCCUCAGGAGAUCGUAUAGCAUGGUUUCAAUUAUGGAUGUAAAAUCGGAUAGACAGGCCUGUGAUAAUCGUGUAAUAGUAUCGCAAAGUGCGGUAAGCCAAAAGUCGAUUGAUCUAGAUAUCUCGCUUAGACCAAUCAUCUCACCGACAGAAGAUCGUGAUACAGGUAGUUUGGCGUCGAAUAAUCCAAAUACUAACGUGAAACAGUCACAGCAGCCUUGUUCAUCUUCAGUGUCAUCUAUAGCGACUGGAUCCGAUUCGUACAACCAUGAUAUUACCGAUACAGAUUUGGCAAAAAAAAGUAUGAAAUUAAAUUUGGUGAGCUCAUCUAAUAAUAAUAAGUUUGCAGAAAGCAGUAUUCAUCACGGAUCAAUCAAGGCAGAAUCUUCAGAUACCAGUGCAGGAGCUAGCACCAGUAGCGUUGUUACAACUACCACAGCUAUCAUCAUGAAGCAUCGCAAACUGAAAGACCGCUCGUUAAGCGAUGAAAUAGGAUCUCCUAAAUCACCUGCGGCAACAACAGGUAUGGGCAUCACUGAUUGCGCAUUAAUGUAUGCCCCUACAAUAUCACCAUCCAUUCAAUUAGAAGUAGUCGACGAUCGGAAAGCACUAAGAGAUGCUCUGUAUCAAGGAAUAUUUCAUCGACAUCGGCGAACUAUAUUUGCCGUGGGAAGCUUUCUACGCAUGUUGAAAAGUCGAAAUUCUUCAUACAAUACAAUCCGCAGUUCCUCCGAGGGAGAGGACGAUACAAAAUGAUCGUGCAUUAGAUAAAUUGUUAUCUAAAAAAUGUAGUAGGGAUUCGAUAAAUGUCUAGAUAGAAUUUUCUAGUCAUUACAUCUAAAAUAUAUGUCAUUUUAAAACAUUAUAAUUUAUAAACAUAAACCAAAAAUUUAAAGUUUAUCCCACCGAAACAAAUUUAAGUGUGUUAAAAAAUUGUAUUAUUCCAUUUAAUUAAUUUAUAAUAAUAUUACAUAAAUCAGAAUAGGCUCAAUUUAUCUCAUUAUUUUACAGCUUUAAAUAGUGUGUUAAUGAACUUUAUUUACAAAACGGUGAAGAACAAGAGCUUUGUUCAUAGGAUCAUUUGCAAUCGAAUUAUUUAAUGGGUUGUUGAUACUCUACAGCUUUUUUUAACUCUAGAGCGAAUAAAACGACCAAUAUAACCCCGGUGAUACAUAACAUCAACAGUAACUAUCUGCCAUUAAAUGUUGAAUGAAAUGCGUAGAAUUUCUUUAUUUGGAUUACGCAUUUUUUUUUAAUUUAUUGCAUAUAGACAUUUCUGGCAAUUAAGGUUAUCGUUAUACGAGAUCUAAUUUACACCUCUUUAAAAUCAAAUAAAAUUAUAUCAAUUUUAUGACAGAUAUAGUGUUAUAGCAUUUGUCAUAGCUUAAUAUUCAUAUUCUCUAUUCCUCGCUCGUUCCGUUCGUUGAAUUUUUAUUAAUUAUUCUGUACCUUUGCCACAACAAACCAUAGAUAGAGUUCACGUUUAUUUUAUCAAUUACUUCGUCAACAGCUAUGCACAUAAAAUAUUUAACAAUUAAAUAUUUUUUUGUGAUCCCGUUUAUAUGAUUUGACAAACUACGUCUUUUUCUUAUUCAUAGUUCAUAUCACUAUAUUAAAACAUAUAUAGCUAUCUACAUACACAUCAUCACAAAGUUUGUCGAGUUUUUUUUACUAUUCCCAGGGGUUUGAAAAUUUUCCCAACAAAAUGUUUCUGUUCUUGAAAUUAAUGGCUUGAUAACUGUUCUGGCACGGAAUUAUAAAUUUAAUUAUGUUGGACGGAGAAAUUGUUAAAACAGUGUAUAGUGCUAUUUUUAAA